UCCUUCCCUCCCUGCUCUCUGCCUCCUUCCAGUUGGGCCCUUGCUUCCCACCUCUGGUUGCCCUAGCAACCAUGAGCCACAGGUUUAGUUCUCAGUCUGCAUUUAGCUCGAGGAGCAAGAGGGCCUAUAGCAGCAGGUCCUCCUCAGGCUUUGGUGGUGGGAGACAGGCUGUGGGGUCUGUGUCACGGGGGAGGUAUGGUGGGGGUAGUUAUGGAGGGGGCUUUAGCUCCAGGAGUCUCUACAGUCUGGGUGGUAGUAAAAGCAUCUUUGGGAACCUAGUGGGGAGAAGCGCCAGUGGUUUCUGUCAAGGUGGAGGAGCAGGAGGAUUUGGAGGAGGAAGGAGCUUUGGAGGUAGUGGCUUUGGAGGUGGUGCUUUUGGAGGUGGUGGCUAUGGUGGUGGCAGAUUUGGAGGUGGCUUUGGGGGUGCUGGAUUUGGCGCUAGCAAUUUUGGGCUUGGGGGUUUCGGUCCUUCUUAUCCUUCUGGGGGUAUCCAUGAGGUGACUAUUAACCAGAGCCUCCUGGAGCCCCUACACUUGGAGGUGGACCCUGAAAUUCAGAGGGUGAAGACUCAAGAGCGUGAGCAGAUCAAGACCCUCAACAACAAGUUCGCCUCCUUCAUUGACAAGGUUCGCUUCCUGGAGCAGCAGAACCAGGUGCUACAGACAAAAUGGGAGCUGCUGCAGCAGGUGAACACCUCGACUCGAACCAGCAGCCUGGAGCCCAUCUUUGAGAGUUACAUCAGUCAGCUGCAGAGGCAGGUGGAUUUUCUGUCCUCCGAGCGGUCACGCCAAAACAUGGAGAUCAGGAGCAUGCAAGAUGUCGUGGAGGACUACAAGAGCAAGUAUGAGGAUGAAAUCAACAAGCGAACCAAUGCUGAGAAUGACUUUGUUGUUAUGAAGAAGGAUGUGGAUGCCGCUUUCAUGGGCAAAUCAGACCUGCAGUCCAAAGUGGACACGCUGUACGAGGAGGUCAACUUCCUGAAAUAUCUAUUCGAUACGGAGCUGUCCCAGAUGCAGACCCACAUCAGCGACACCAAUGUCAUCUUGUCGAUGGACAAUAACCGCUCGCUGGACUUGGACAGCAUCAUUGAUGCAGUGCGCGUCCAAUACGAACUGAUUGCACAGAAGAGCAAGGACGAGGCUGAGGCACUGUACCAGACCAAGUACCAGGAGCUGCAGAUCACGGCCGGGAAACAUGGAGACGACCUGAAGAACAGCAAGAUGGAGAUCUCAGAGCUCAACCGCAACAUCCAGAGGCUGCAGGCAGAAAUUGCCAGUGUCAAGAAGCAGAUCGAACAGAUGCAUGGAUCCAUUUCUGAUGCAGAGGAGAGAGGAGAGAGGGCUCUCCAGGAUGCUAAGCAGAAGCUGCAAGACAUGGAUGAGGCCCUGCAGCUGUCUAAGGAGGAGCUGACCAGGCUGUUGAGAGACUACCAGGCAAUGCUGGGGGCCAAGCUGUCCUUGGAUGUGGAAAUUGCCACCUAUCGCAAGCUGCUGGAGGGCGAGGAGAGCAGGAUGUCAGGGGAACUGCAGAGUCAAGUGAGCAUCUCGGUGCAGAGCAGUCAGGUGACCGUAGGCAGUGGCAGCUAUGGAGGCGGCAGCGGCGGGGGCUCGGGAAGUUACAGCGGAGGAUACCGCAGCAGCUCCCGCAGCAGCGGCGGCGGCGGAGGCGGCAGUUACAGAGGAGGAGCAGGCUCCCGCGGGGGCGGGGGCGGCGGCGGCAGCGGCAGCUACGGCAGCUACGGCUCGAGCAGCAAAAGCAGCAGCAAAUACGGAGGCGGCGGCGGCGGCGGCCGGAGCGGCGGCUCCUCCCGCACUCAGAUAGUGCAGACCUCCACCCACAGCUCGCGCAGGCGCGUGGUGGAGUAGCGGCCACGCGGCUGCGGGACCUCUCCUGCCGCCGUCUUCCCUUCAGUCCCUCCCGGGCUCUCUCACCUACCUUUUCCCAAUGGGUCUCAGCAAGCUUCCAGGUCACUUCGACUCUAGAUGGGGAAGCAGGUCAGAUUCACAGCCUCUUUAUUUCGUCAAAGACACAUGCUCACUCGGGCAUCCCUCCACCGGGUCCUGAUCCCCUGGCGCCUUGUCCAGCAAUGAAGAAAAAAGAACUUGGAGAACAACUUCACUAGAGGCCUCAAUUCCUAAAACUGAGUAGCUCAGUAAAUAAUAACACGCCCCCCCGCCCCCCCCCGCCGUGUGGCCCUUCUGAAAUCUUCGCUCCCAGAAGCCCACUGCAAGGCAAGCUCGUUUAGUGAGGGACACAGGGGAGCCAAGGACCAUCGGGGCCCCUUGCUGUGUAGCCUCAUGCUCCCUCACCGUGAUGGCAAGGGUAGGUUUGUUCUGAUUCAGUACCCGUAGGUCAUGCCCGUACUGGACUAUUUUAUCCCCUGGGUUAAUAGCCCCAGGUAGGGAUGUUUCAGUAGGCCCAGGAAUUUAAGCCCUUGUCCAAGGAAUGACUGUUCUCAGCAGUGGGUAGGGUGGGAUGGGGUGGGGGACAAUCAGGCUUUGUUACUUUCCCUCCCUCUUCCAGCAGCCUCCCCCCUUUGGAGCCAGCCCCUUCCAGAACUCGGCUCCAAAAGCAAGUGCUGAGAAUUGCCCCACCACCGUGACCUGCAGGGCAGCCCUGCUCCAUACAGUGCCUGAGGAAUGGCAGGUGUUGACAGGCUAUGGAGAGAUCAGCCUCGCAUCAGUCUGGAAACGGCCCCGGGGCUUUUGCAGGCAGUCCAAUGCUCUUUCUCUCAGACUUCCUAAGUCUCUUCUGACCCCUGAUUCUGAACACGUUGCUAGACUUUGACUCCUAGUUGAAAAUUGAAUUUACUUUGACUCCUAAUUUAAAAUGUAAUUUAUGGUUCAAUGGAAAAUUCUUGGACUGUGCUUAUGGGGCAGGAAGAGGAAAGUACCACCCAAUGAACAGCCUCUAGAGAGGGAAUGUGGCCUUGAUUCCCAGUUCUGGGGUCCCCUUCACUGGCUUGCUGAGUCUGUAAUUCUGUCUGGGUCCCCUGGGGAAUGCUUGUGACUUCAUUGCCUGUUUGGAAGCUGUACUUUGAAGGGUUUGGCAGUUCUGUUUUUUCUACAAUAAAAUUUUCUGUGAUCUCA